AUGCAGCCCGGCGGCGGCGGCGCCGCGAUCCGCGUGCUGAACGUGGCGGAGAAGCCGUCGGUGGCGAAGGCCGUGGCACAGAUCCUGUCGCGCGGCUCGAUGCAGUCGCGGGCGGGGCGGUCCCAGUACAAUCGCGUCUUCGAGUUCAACUACGCCAUCAACGGUCAAGCCUGCCGCAUGCUCGUCACCUCCGUCACGGGCCACCUCAUGGAGCUCGAAUUCGAAGAACGGUUCCGCCGCUGGCACUCCUGCGACCCCGCCGACCUCUUCCACGCCCCCGUCCGCAAGUCCGUGCCCCAGGACAAGCAGGCUAUAAAACAAACUUUGGAAGAAGAAGCUAGGAGGUGCCAGUGGCUGGUGCUAUGGCUUGAUUGUGAUAGAGAGGGUGAGAACAUAGCAUAUGAAGUGAUCGAGGUUUGUACAGGUGCUAACAGUCAUCUUAACAUUUGGAGGGCUCAUUUCUCAGCUUUGAUUGACAGGGAAAUACAUGAAUCUGUGCAACAUCUUGGCAGACCCAACAAACUCUUUGCAGAUGCUGUGGAUGCAAGACAGGAGAUUGAUCUACGCAUUGGUGCCUCCUUCACAAGGUUUCAAACAAUGCUGUUAAAAGAUGCAUUUGUAAUUGAUGUCACUGGGGAUGGCAGGAAUUUAGUUCUGAGCUAUGGUCCUUGUCAGUUUCCAACCCUAGGUUUCAUUGUUGAGCGUUUCUGGGAGAUUCAAGCUCAUGAACCUGAGGAGUUCUGGACAAUAAAUUGUACUUAUACUUCAGAUGAAGGCACUGCAUCUUUUGGUUGGAUACGUGGUCAUUUGUUUGAUUACCCAUCUGCUGUUAUACUCUAUGAAAUGUGUGUGGAAGAACCAAUGGCAACAGUUCAAAAUGUUAGGAACCAAGAAAAGUUAAAAUACCCCCCAUAUCCACUAAGUACCCUGGAGCUUCAAAAACGUGCUUCUAGGUACUUCAGAAUGAGUUCAGAGCACACAAUGAAGGUGGCUGAAGAACUUUACCAAGCAGGAUUCAUUAGUUAUCCAAGGACAGAAACUGAUAACUUCUCUCCAAACACUGAUCUUCAUGCAAUUGUACGUGAACAAGUGGAGCAUCCAGUAUGGGGAGCAUAUGCUCACCGACUUCUAACUCCUGAAGAAAGACUUUGGAGAAAUCCCAGCAAUGGUGGUCAUGAUGACAAGGCACAUCCUCCUAUUCAUCCAACCAAAUUUUCAAGAGGUGAAAAUAACUGGAGCCCAGACCACAAUAAAUUAUAUGAGCUCGUUGUUCGCCAUUUCCUUGCAUGUUGCUCUCAACCAGCUGUUGGAGCUGAAACAACUGUUGAAAUUGACAUAGCUGGUGAACAGUUCAAUGCAUCAGGGCGUGUUGUACUUGCUAAAAAUUAUUUGGAUGUUUAUCGCUUUGACUCAUGGGGUGGCACAUUACUUCCAACGUACAACAUUGGACAGCAGUUUGUUCCGACAACUUUAACACUUGAUUCUGGAGUGACUCGGCCACCCCCUCUUCUUGCUGAAGCUGACCUUCUUAGCUGCAUGGAUAAAGCAGGAAUUGGCACUGAUGCAACCAUGCAUGAUCACAUAAAGAAGUUGCUUGACCGUUGUUAUGCAACCAAAGAUGAAAACACACGUUUCUCCCCGACAAAUCUUGGUGAGGCACUGGUGAUGGGUUAUGAUGAAAUGGGGUAUGAGCUUUGGAAGCCUUAUUUAAGAUCAAUGAUGGAAGCUGAUAUGAAAUCAGUAAGCAUAGGUACAAAGAGUAAAUCAGAAGUACUCGAGAGUUGUUUGCAGCAGAUGAAGGCUUGCUUUCUUGAUGCAAGGGUGAACAAAGCGAAGCUCCUUGAUGCAAUGGGGACAUUCUUUGCGAGAUCUAGUAGGCCUAUAAAUGAGACACAAAAUCCAGUAGAGGCUGUGAGGCCAUGUCCUGCGUGCCACGAAUCUGAAAUGGUGCUGAAGCAAAGGCAGACUGGUGAAUUUAUGGUUGGGUGCCGAAGUUAUCCACAAUGUAGAAACGUGGUAUGGCUCCCAGGAUCUAUUUCAGAAGCAUCUGUCACUAAUCAAGUUUGUCCUAUCUGCACACCAGGCCCUGUUUACAAGAUCCAAUUUAAGUUCCGUCGGAGGGAUAUUCCACCGAAUUUCGAUGUUGAUCACCUAGGUUGUGUGGGCGGAUGUGAUGAUAUACUCCAAGAGCUUAUGGAGAUAAGUAGGUUCGGAAGUCGUAGCCAGGCUGCAACUCCAGCAAGAGGACAGACUCCGAAUGGUGUAAGGCAGGGGCCUCCAAGGCAGGAUUUACAUACUAAUUUUCGUCCAGCAGGCCAACUUAAUAAUGAGAACCCAUCGGUUAUGCAUUCUCAAGGUUUCCGUUCAACCCAUACCCAAAACCCAAGUAACGCAUCAGAUGCAGGUCAAGUGCUGUGCACUUCAUGUGGAGAACCUUGCAUAUUGCGGAUUGCUAAUACAGAUGCUAACAGGGGGAGGAAAUUCUAUAAAUGUCAAGAUCCUGGCUGUGGCUUCUUUAAAUGGGAAGACGAACUGGAGACCGCUACGACGAGAGGCCGGCGCGGGCGUGGUAGCAGCAGGCAGGCGCCUGCGUCUGCAUCUGCAGGACGCAGAGGCGGCGCCCAAACCCGAGGCCGGAGGGGCAGAGGCCGUAACGCUGACGGUGGGAUGUUCGUUUCGGCGACGGGCGACACCGUGUCCGGCUGCUGCUUUACCUGCGGCGAUCCUUCCCACUUCGCCAACGCCUGCCCGAACCGGAGAUAGUUACCAGGAACUUUGCGCGCUAUGCGUGUACAUAGACUGGCAUUCUUCGCCAAAGGCUGAACCCUUCAGAUGAUUUUCAUGCACGAGGUGCAUAGAUUAGGAUUCAUGCGCACCUGUCCUGCUCAGGGUGAUCUUCUAUACAACUAAACAAAUGUGUCUAUUACUACUUUGUAUAUAGGUAUGAUUGCAUGGAAUAAGUCAGAAAUGGA